AUGCAUGUUCCGGACCCUGGAUGGAGUAACUCUGCAGAAAAACCCACGGAGUCUGGGCUGCAUAAACGCGAUUGGCACAUGGACCUGAAGUAUGCCACACACUUCAUGCGCAAGGCCUGUGGACUAAUAUCCGGCGGGUUUUUUAGGGACAACAGGCUGUCGUUCGCCGCCCAUGUGGACUCAACAAGCCGAAGCCCUAAAGGUAACAAGCGCGCGUCCGACCCAAAGCAAGCAGGCGGCACAGCAGGAGGUUACCUGGGUAUGCACCUAAGUCUCAAACAUGGUACUCCUGUGCCUGUGAUACAAGAAUGGUUUACUGGGCCACCCAUUUCCAAGGGAACCCCCACCGUUUGA